UCAUGAUUAUAUAAUUAUUUUUGUUAUGGAACGUUUGAAUCUCAAAUGUGACUUUUUUUAAUAUGAAUUUUUAUUUAUUCAAACUUUUAAUGUGAAUAUCGAAAAAUAAAUAAAUGCCGACUUGUUGAUUUAAAUAAACAAUCUAGACGCAUUGAACUUAGACAUAAAAAGAAAAACAAGAAUCCUUCUUUAAUUCUUUUUCCUUUAGCUAAAAAACAAAUCUUUUUUUAGAAAAAGAAAAUAAAACUGAAUUAAAAACUCUACUUUGGGCCAUUAAAUGAAAUUUUUUAUUAACUUUUUCUUUAUUUAUUCUGUUUUCUGUUCUUUUUCUUGUACUUUUUCUUUUUUUCUAUAAAACAACCGAUUCUCUUCAACAUUAAGGCAAAAAAGCAAAAUUUUUUGGAUUCAGAUCUGGAAUUCACUGCAAACCCAUAAUUUAUUUAAGUUUUUACGACGACCCAUCUGAAAAUCUUGCUGAAUUUUGAGUUAUGGCUGUUGAAAUUGUUGAUUCGGAUGAAAACCCGAUUAAGAUCCGGGAAGUUUGGUCGGAUAAUCUGGAAUCGGAGUUUGAGCUUAUACGAAGAGUAAUUGAUCACUACCCAUUCAUCUCAAUGGAUACAGAGUUUCCAGGAGUCAUUUUUAAGCCGGAGGUUGUUUCAUCCCGGAAAAAUCGCCGGCGAUAUGUGCCGCUGUUACCAUCGGAGCAUUACAAGAUGUUAAAAUCAAACGUCGACGUUUUGAACAUAAUUCAAGUAGGACUUACAUUGUCCGACUCCGACGGGAACUUACCGGAUCUGGGUACCGCCGGUGUUAAUCGAUACAUCUGGCAGUUCAACUUCUCCGAUUUCGACGUGGAGCGUGAUCGACACGCGCCGGACUCAAUCGAGCUGCUCCGGCGUCACGGAAUCGAUUUCGAGAAGAACAAGGUGAACGGAAUCGACUCUUAUCGCUUCGCCGAGCUGAUGAUGUCGUCGGGGCUUGUAUGCAACGAAACCGUAAGCUGGGUUACGUUCCACAGCGCUUACGAUUUCGCAUACCUCUUAAAAAUCCUCACCCGCCGGGAACUUCCCGGCGAGUUAGAUGAUUUUCUGGAGAUUUUCAGGGUGUUCUUCGGUGACAAUGUUUACGAUGUGAAGCAUUUGAUGAGGUUUUGCGAGAAACUUUACGGCGGUUUAGACCGGAUUGCGGCGGUUUUAGAGGUGAACCGGGCGGUCGGAAAGUGUCAUCAGGCCGGUUCAGAUAGUUUAUUGACGUGGCACGCUUUUCAAAAAAUGAGAGACGUGUAUUUUGUAAAUGACGGACCGGAGAAAUACGCCGGCGUUUUGUUUGGAUUAGAAGUGUAUUAAUUACGAAUUAGUGUAUACUAAUUUUUUUUUAAAAAUGUUUAGUUAAAUAAAAUUUGUUUGAUUAAUUCUU